GAAGCAUGAGGGGAAGGAAGAUGGCAAGAGAUGAGGAAGGCAGCUAUGGCGCAGAGGACUCCAGGGUCCAGCAGGAGCCGCAGCUGAGGCUCAUCCUGGUGGGCAGGACUGGGACCGGCAAGAGUGCCACUGGCAACAGCAUCCUGGGCCAGAAGUGCUUCCUGUCCAGGCUGGGGGCGGUGCCUGUCACCAGAAGUUGCACCUUGGCCAGCAGAAGGUGGGCCGGCUGGCAGGUGGAGGUGGUGGACACCCCGGACAUCUUCAGCUCCGAGACCCCGCGAACCGACCCUGGGUACAUGGAGGCAGCCCGAUGUUUCGUGCUGUCGGCUCCCGGGCCGCACGCACUGCUGCUGGUCACCCAGCUGGGUCGCUUCACCAUGCAGGACAGCCAGGCUCUGGCAGCCGUAAAACGGAUGUUCGGGAAGCAAGUGUUGGCGCGCACCAUCGUGGUGUUCACGCGCAAGGAGGACCUGGCCGGAGACUCCUUGCAGGAUUAUGUGCGCUGCACGGACAACCGCGCGCUGCGGGAGCUGGUGGCCGAGUGCGGGGGUCGCGUGUGCGCUCUCAACAACCGCGCCACAGGCAGCGAGCGCGAGGUUCAGGCUGAGCAGCUGCUGGGCCAGGUCGCGUGCUUGGUGAGGGAGCACGGGGGCGCGCACUACUCCAAUGAGGUGUACGAGCUGGUGCAAGCCAUGCGGUGGGUUGAUCCUCCGGACCAACUAGCCAAGGUGGCGGAGAUGGUGGCUGCGCGCAUGCAGAGGAGCAGGAGGUUGCUAGCUGGGCUGUGGGGAUGGCAGAAAACCUACUGGAAGGGCUGGAGACGGGGUGUGGCUGUCUUCCUGGGUGUGGCCCUGUUGAUCUACCUGCUGCUCUACAGAAAGGUCCGAGGCCUUUGGGGAAAGAGAAUGGCAGACCUUCAGAAGAGCACACAUGGAAUUACAGUUGAAGGACAAGAAGCCUGCUGUGUAGAAAAAUCCAACUGCCUAAGGAUCCUCCUGGUGGGCAAAUCUGGCAGCGGAAAAAGUGCCACAGGGAACAGCAUCCUCCAACGACCAGCAUUCGAGUCCAGGCUCAGAGGCCAGUCCGUGACCAGGAGCAGCCAGGCAGAGAUGGGCACAUGGGAGGGAAGGAGCAUCCUAGUGGUAGACACGCCCCCCAUCUUUAACUCAAAGGCCCAGGACCAAGACAUGGACAAGGACAUUGGAGACUGCUACCUGAUGUGUGCCCCAGGACCCCAUGUGUUGUUGCUGGUGACCCAGCUGGGACGCUUCACACCUGAAGAUGCCAUGGCUGUCAGGAUGGUGAAGGAGGUCUUUGGGCUGGGGGUCAUGAGGCACAUGAUUGUCCUCUUUACCCGAAAGGAAGACCUGGCAGAUGGGUCCUUGGAAGAGUUUGUGACCCACACUGACAACCGCAGCCUUUGCGGCCUUGUCUGGGAGUGUGGAAGGAGGUACUGUGCCUUCAAUAACAGGGCCUCUGGGGAGGAGCAGCAGGGGCAGCUGGCAGAGCUCAUGGCCCUGGUGAGGAGGCUGGAACAGGAGUGUGAGGGCUCCUUCUACAGCAAUGACCUCUUCUUUUGUGCUCAGGUGUUCCUUAGAGGUGGCUACAGUGAGCACCAGGAUCCAUAUGGGUACUAUAUGGCCAAGGUGAGGCAGGAGGUGGAGAAACAGAAAUGGGAGCUGGAGGAGCAGGAGGGCAGCUGGGUAGCUAAAAUGCUUUGCACAGUCAAGUUUUACUUGGACCCCCACACUGCAGUAUCUGCUCUUCUCAUUGUGCUUGGUUUGAUCUUUCUCACCACUUUAGUUAACUUGUAUAUUAGCAGAUGGAAAUGAGCCUUUUUGGGUGAUUUCUCCCAUCAUUUCUGUCCCCCAAAGUUCCCCAUCUUGUGUCAGGGAACCUCAGUCUUCAAUUAAUUUCACUCUAAUUUGAUUUGCAUGGAUCAUACAUGCCAGGAAUCUUCUUCUAAAUAAAGGAUGAAAGAAAAAUGUA